AUGAGAUCCAAGUUCUACAAAAAAUGUAAAUCGUUGUUGAAGCUUUCAAAGACGAGGCUGGAGACAGUGAAGAAGAAGAAAUCAGUGGUGUAUACAUAUCUGAAGAAUGAUCUUGCUGAACUUCUCAGAAAGGGGCUUGACUUAAAUGCAUAUGGCAGGGUAGAAGGGUUUCUGGCAGAGAAAAACAUGACAUUCUGCUAUGAGUACUUGGAACAGUGCAUUUCCACCAUCUAUAGUAACCUCUCAAACAUGGAGAAUCAGAGAGAAUGCCCUAGUGAAUGCAGAGAAGCUGUUGCAACUCUGAUGCAUGCUGCAGCUAGAUUUGCUGACUUGCCAGAAGUACGCGAACUCAGAACUGUAUUUACUGAAAGAUUUGGAAGUUCCCUGGAAAGUUUUGUCAGUAAAGAGUUUGUUGCAAAGUUGAAUCCAGAGCACCCCUCACAGGAGAGAAAGAUUCAGAUACUGGAGGAAGUGGCACAAGAAUUAUCCAUUCUGUGGGAUCCUCGGUCUUUAAGAAAGCAAUUGUUUAAACCUGCACCAGCAGCGCAAAGCAAGCCUGUGCGAGAAGCUGUUCAUGAUAGCAGCAAUGACGGUUAUAAUAAGCAUAAAAAAAAGGAUGAUGCCUUACAAGUUAGGGAAAGCCACGAUAGUGAGAAAAAAAUGAGUGAUGUGAGGGUUCAGGAUGUGCCAUCAUCAAACAGAAGGAAGGAUACUGACUAUGAUGGAUACAAUCAGCAUAAAAAGAACAGUGAUGGUUUACUGGUAACGGACAGCCGCAAUGGUGACAAAAAAAUGAGUGACGAGAGGGGGGCUAAUGUGACAACAUCUAAUACAAGGAAGGAUACCCUUUAUGAGAGGUACAAUGUGCCUAGCGGUAGUGAAGAUGAAGCCCUUUCGAAUCAUAGAAGAGGAGACAGCAGCACCAGCCAAGACAGCCAACGGACUGGUUUUAGUUCAGCAGGAAGUUUUUCUGAAGAUGAAGUUGAUAGCAGGAAGCCCGUUCACAAUGGACUUAUCCCUCCUUAUGUUGAACACAGUAAUGCGAAGGGAGGAAACAAUGUAAUGGAACCCACGAGAUCAAAUUAUAAUUUAAAUGCACAACAAUAUAAGUACAAAGAUCCCCCAUAUACGAAAAGCAACUUGAAACCGCCACCAGGUCGUGAAAUGGCUGGCAAUGGAGUGGCUCGCAAAGUAAGUCCCCGUUUGCAGGCGAUGCUCAACGAUGGUGGGGAUGUGAGAGAUGAAGAGGAAAAGAAAAUUGAUCAACUGCUGAUGCAUUACAGUAAGAAGAAGACCCCGGGGCAAGAAAGUGAUGACACAUAUGAAGCCACUAGGCACAAAAAUACAAGAACAGAUCCACUGGGAAAUCAAUACGAGGAAACUGACGGGGUGGUAAGGCACAUAAAUGCAAAGUCUGAGGCGGCGGCAGCAGGUCAUGUGCAUCCAAAACUGCCGGAUUAUGAUGAUUUGGCCGCAAGGCUUGCGGCUCUUAGAGGGCGAUAA